GCUCAUGCCCCCCCCCACCCCCCUCUCUCUCUCUUCUCUCUUCUCUCUUCUCUCUCCCACCGAAAAACUCAAGCGGAGUAAUGUGAGCAUAAAAAACCCUUGAGAGAAAUACCAGAGCAAGCGUGGUCCUGUGAUUUGAUGCAUUCUCCUUUGUAGGCUGUUGAAGACGAUGUAUAAGAAUCAGUUACAAGAGCUAGCGCAGCGAAGCUGCUUCAAUCUGCCGUCGUAUACGUGCAUCAGGGAAGGUCCCGAUCACGCGCCGCGGUUCAAGGCGGCUGUCAAUUUCAACGGGGAGACGUUUGAGUGCCCUAGCUACUGCACCACUCUCCGCCAGGCGGAGCAUUCCGCCGCCGAAGUGGCGCUCAAUGCUCUCUCUGGCCGUGGUCCUUCCAACUCACUCGCUGCUAGAAUUCUGGACGAGACUGGAGUAUAUAAGAAUCUACUGCAGGAGGUUUCUCAAAGAGUUGGAUCAUGUUUGCCGAAAUAUUCAACUUUCAGAAGUGGUCUUGGACACUUUCCGGUUUUCACCUGUACUGUAGAAUUGGCAGGGGUUAUUUUUACUGGCGAUCAAGCUAAGAACAAGAAGCAAGCAGAAAAGAAUGCUGCCAUGACAGCUUGGUUCUCUCUCAAAUCAUUACUGCAGAAAUCCGAAACAUCCCAUGAAAAGACCCACAAGGACGAGCAGGAGCACGUCACAGUAGCUCGUGCGCUGCAGCAGUAUCUGGUAAAAGCAAGAAUGGCGAAGGUGCCCUUUCCAAUCAAAUUCCCGACAGUAAGUCCAAAGCCGGCGAGCACAUUUCCGUCCCCGCCCGCAACCUCGAAACUUCUCCCAUUGAUCUGCCCGAAGACAGGCCAACAAACCAGACCGACUCCACCAUCGAGCACCACCUCAACAUUCCAAAAGUAUGUUCAAACAAAUCAAAGCCAGCCGGAAACUACAGUUUCAAACGAGAGCCUUUCAAUGGUGAUUGAAAGCCUUAGACACCGACCGGUGCAGAAAUUCCCUGCCGCAGAAGCAGCACCCUACAUUCCAUUCCGGCACUGCAAUGCUCACCAGAGAAUCGCCCCGCCAGUGACGAUCCGCAACACAGUUCCUGUAUUCUCUCCGCCGCCGGCGCUUCCGUCUCCCCAACCGUCGUUAUCCCUGAGACCUCUGGCAUUGGGUAUUGCGCCACCUGUCUCUGUAAAACAAGCUGUUCCUGCAUAUCCUGGCGGACAUCUCCCGUUCGAGAAGCUACCCCUCCUACAACCACCAUCUAUCCGGGAUGAUACUCACCUUUUUCGAUCUACAAUGGCGAGAGCCGAGCAGCCACCGAUAUUUCGAACUCUUUCAGGUAGAAUAGAAGAUUCCCGUGUCUCCAGGCUUCCAGUGUUUCAAGUCGAGGAGCCUCGUAACUGUAAGUUAUCACAUGUCCCUAUGAUGCCGUAUUCGGACAUACCAAAAGUUAAACUCACCUUACCUCCAUGUGAGAUCUUCACAGCUCCGGUCGAGUCUCGGGUUUCCAAUGUUAGCAUUACACCUGCCAAUUCAAAGCCGGGUUUUGGCGAGGUAUUUUCGACUAUAAAUGCUGUGCAGGACAAGCUGCAGGAGCUGAAGAUCCGAAAGAAGUGAGGAUAUAGUCAGAGGGAAUUGAAAAGUCGUGAGAAAACGAUGCGCAGGAUGACAAUGGGACGGUCAUUCGGAUUAGAGACAUUUAUGGAAGGAUACAAAAUCAAGCGUUUAUGGAAUGAUAAAAAAAGUAAUUACACAAUGGGAAGGGAUUUGAUGAGGUCGUGAAAAGUAAUGAUGAACUUGCACUUCCAUCUGGUCCGAGUAUACGAAAUCGUAUCAAAAAAUUGACCGGAUUUUCUAGUCAUAUUAUUCGAGUCUCCAUUAGUUUAGAAGUGUUGAAUCUUGACAACGCUUGGAUUCAUAUGCAAUACGAUCGAUUGACGAAUGUUUUGACUAGUAUAGUUUGA